AUUGUUUGGAGGGGGCCAGCUGGAGUGAAUCGGACGAAAACAAAACUCUGGUCAAAAUUGGGUAAACGUUAUAUUGUCUGCUUGUCCUACCAGCAAGCGAUUGAAAUGAGGACUAUACUGGAAAUGAAAGCAUUUAAACCUAUUUUCGACGCUCGAAAUAUCGUUAUUGUUCUCGGUUGUCAUUGUCGAUUCUCAACACUGCAAUCAGAGUUUCUUUAGAGCUCACAAAAGAAUCUUUUGUCAGAAGCUAUCAAGUGAUCUACGUCGAUCAGUACCAAUUAAUAAAUUCACUUCAAUAGUUGAUACAUCAUGGAGAAGCAAAGACAGAAGAAGAAACGAGAUAAAUCACAUCAGUCAAUUCUGGAUCAUCAGAUACCUGAUGCACCUACUUUAGAAGAAUUUGAAUGUCUGCUUGGAGAAUCGCCCACAAAUUAUCCUAAAGGUGAAGCUGUGGAAAACAUAGAGAGUGAAUUACAUUCAGCUGCUAUUGAUACAGAAAUUUAUGAAAAAGAAGCAGCUGAAAAGGCAGCUCAAGAGAAAGAGUAUAGUCUUCGAGUGGAAACAACAAAUAAGGUGUUGCUAUUAACUGAAAAUUCCUGUGAUGAAGUAGAUACUGUUCGACCUUGCUCAGAGUCUAAUGAUCAUGCCUUAAACAAUGAAAUAGAUCAAGUUCAAGUAAAUGUCUCUACCAUUCAACUGGUAGAUAUACCAGCAGAAUCAUUGACUGUCUUCAAAGAAGCUAAUCAAGUAGCACAAGAUGACUCCAAGAAUUCAGUAAAUGUAAAGACAUCAUGUCAGAAGAAGAUUUCAUCGAAACAAGCAGAAGUUUCACAGAGCAAAAAGGACGUGAACACAUUUAUGGACGUCAAACCAUUUACAGAACAACAAUUGGCAUCCUUAUAUCACAAUCAGGAACUAACGCUAGUGGAAGCUUUUGUGAGCGAGUUUACAGACACGCAAUUAAGAUGCGCACCGCUGAGGCAGCAGCACAGACUGCACGAGUUGCUGAUGAGCUACUUGCGAGUGCGGAAUCACCUGAUCGCAAACUCAUACGAGUUGGAACGUUUGAAGAAGAGCUGUCGAGAAACCCAGAAACAGCUCUGGUGUCUGGAAAAAACGUCGGUGACGGAAAGCGGCGAAUGUCAAGACGGCAAUCCUGUUACCGCCACCCACGAAUAUUCAAUUGCCCAUUUUAAUCAGCAGACUCUUGUGGCGCUGUCCAGGACUUUGUCCUCCAUUAAAGAUACUCUUCACAAUAGCCAAGCGCUGUACUGCUACGAAGCGGAGUCGUUACGCUUGCAAAUCGAACAUUACGUGCAGAGAGUGGCCAGAAGUUUUAACGAAUUUGCCACUCUUUCCGAGACCGCUGCUGCAAAUUUAUUGCCGGAACAGUCGCCGUCUCAAACACCUCCGCAGCUAGUCGAGCUCAGAAUGUGCGUCACAGUUCUAUUCAACUUUCAGCGUCGAAUUCUUAAGGACGGUAAGUUCGUUACCGAUACCAGAGAAUGGCUGUCAAGACUGGUGGCGGUGCUUCUGAGAGUCGCUACUUGGCAGGAUCACUUGUUUUUGCUGAGUCACAUACUGCGAUGCCCUGGAGGGAUGAUGAAUUGGGCCAGACCGUUCGUACAAGUGCCAGUGCCGCAAAAAGUUGCGGGAUUGAGCUCCUCGCCUUUCAACGAUCCGUAUCUCGAUCACAUGAUCGCCACUCUCGCGGUAAUACUAUUGCCCGUCAAAGAUCGAGAUAAAUUCUUGGAGCAGGUACAAGUGUCCCUGCAAGAUACCACGUGUAGUCCGGGAGAUACGGUAUGGGUAAUGUUGGACGAAGAAGGCGAAGAGGACGAGGAUAUUGCUAAUGCCGGCGCCAAUCUCUUUGAAAGUGAUUUGAUCUCUCUUCUUCAUCAGAUCCCUCUGAACCGACUGUUCGAACAAGUGCUGUUCAUUCAACGUCAGAACGACAGAUACGAGCAGGAGGAGAAAGCUAUCACGGAUCAUCAUAUGCUGCGUCUCUUCGCGUUCUACACCGUGGUGAUCAGACUUGUGAAGCAAGGUCUAAAGACUUACGACUCGCCAAGAUACAGGCAAUUGGCGAAGAGACUCAGCGCGUUGAUCAGAGACGUCGUUCAGUACGCAAGCGAUCAGUGGGAAAUCUUCGACAGGAGCCGAUUGUCUGAUGAAUCAAUACUACAGAAAUUGCAGAUCGAAUACGAUUGCUUCUUCCUGAGAGCGAUUCUUUGUAUAUUUUCAUCACGCCGCUUAGGUGCAUGGCAAUACCUUGCCGCGAUACCAUAUCACAUAAUAUCAUCCACUACGCUGUGGCAAAUUUUCUAUAUUUUGCAUACCGAUUCCGUACCUAACGAUGUAACAAUGUCAAAUAUGUCGGUAUCGGAAUGGGAGGCGGAACUAAAUUGUUCGGAACUUCAUAAACAAUUCGAGGAGAAGCUGGGCAACAUGCCCGGGGACGAAUCUUACUUUUUGCUCACGACUUUCGCUAACAUGGCUUUGGCUAGAGGCUAUAAAGACUACAAUUUUGUGAGGACGACUACGAUUGACCUGUUUCAAAUAGGAUUUCUCAGCGAAAAAACUCAGGAAUCUUGCUCGAAGGAUGCGAGAUCGCUUUUAUCAAAUUUAACAAACAAAUAUCCAACUCUUCUGUCUGACAUUUUGCAGAAGUUGAAAGAAAAUUUUGUAUCGGUCGGGAAACUGAGUUUAUAUUUAUUCACCGAACUGAAGAUCGGAUUAUGGGUGCCGCAGCAGCAGGACGUUACAAUUCUGUUUAACUGGUUGCAUCAGUAUCCUUUGACUUCGUCCGAGAGCCACUUGGCACGAUUGAUUCUCACACAUUUGAAUUGGGGCCUUGACGCGAACGACAAUUUGUACCUUCCAAUUGAUCUACAUCGACAAGUAGCAUUGUUAAUAGUCGAGCUGGCGAUGAAACACGUGCCCGAUACUCCGACUCAGACGGCUUCGCUGUUAGCUGAAGGUGUGAAACAAGUUUCGUCAAUAAUGAGACCUCAAAAUAGCGAGCAGGCGUUCAGUCUGUGGACUUGGGAAAUGAUAAACAGAUUGAGACUGCACCAGUUGGAUCGAUCGGAAUCGAUAUGCCAGAACACAAUUCUGAAUCCGGCUAACGGUCUCUCUUGCGUGCCUAACAUGGAAUCGGAUUCCUUUCUGGAAGUUCUCGUGAAGGGUGUGCUCGAGAAGCAACCAAUUGCAUGUUACGUUUCUGUAUUGAUGACACUGUGGGGUCAUUCCGUGCCGCUGAUCUGCGUCGAGGGUUUCAGCCAACUGCAGACAUUACAGUGCUAUUACAAGUACGAGCAGGUGCUUGUGUGUCUGCAUCACAUAAUACCGUUGUUUCUCGAGUGCCCGGAGUCGUUGCUGAAGAACGACAAAUUCGUUAGUCUGAUUGUGCCGCUCGUCACUGCCGAUAGAACUUACAUGAAGAUAGCGAAGAAUCUGAUCGCCCCGGAGUUUCCCGGUCCGAUUCUCAAGCAAUUCUCAAACAUGAUCGAGUCUCACUUGUAUCAUUACAAACGAUAUUGUCUGAAUAGUCCGGAACGUUUCGUACGUCUAUGGCUGAACGUACUGAUCCUCGUACAAGAUUGGAACAAGGAUCAUAGCGUCAUGUAUUUGAUGGAUACUAUAAUUCGUGCCGCAUUCUUUCAUUUAGAAACCAGAGUAACCAUGGAAAAUAUGUUUCAGAAUCUGUUCUGCCUUACAGACGGAAGCAACGAGAACAUAUCGACUACUCGAACACCAGGAUCGUUCGGAUCUUUUCUGAACUGGGCGACAGGAUCUUCAAACUCUGCGAGCUUGCUCGGUGGAACCGUUCAAUCGAUAUGGCUUGCCUAUCAGAUUCUCUCAAUGGAGCAGUGCGACAGAGAACUGAAGACUGGUCUGUGGCGCGAAAUUCUGCGAGAACUGUCCAUAUACUCAAAAGUAUCGUUGGAUACUGCGCUUAAGAGAGCCUGCGCAACAGUGAAAAUAACUCCGUUCGGAAUAAACAAUCUUGCUAUAUAUCGCUGGUCCCAACAAGCUCUUGACACACCUAUAGAUCAUCCGAUUCUUCCUCUCUUGUGGCAAAAUUUCUUUAGUUUGUUCCUCGCACGAGUUCCCGUUACUCCGGGGUCCACAGACAAAGGUGGAGUUGGAGAAAAGUUCUUCGAGGGCAUGAUAAAUCUAAGCUACUUGAAAAAGUUGAAGAAGCGAUUGCAUGAAACAACAGAGUACUUCCAAGCAAAAGGGGAAAAGGACACGGAUAACGGGAAACCGAUUACCGAUGAACGACGUGUAUUUUAUUUUAGUAUUGCGAAAUUUUAUAAAACACUGAGCCUUUGGCUGGAGGAACCUCGUCUUCAGGAACCUGGACUUUAUCUGCCAGCUUUGCCGCCGCAAUAUAUGUCGCAGCGAUUGAUUUUAUUAGUUCAAGGAGAUCGAACUCCUUGGUUGGAAUACGUUGACUACUGGACGGUGCAGCAGAGCCAACUGAAAGCUGUUAGCGAGUGGGAGCACGCAACUUUUCGUGAUCCUGAGAAUCAGUACCAAAAAUCCUCCCAGCCGUCGACGAGUACCGUGGAAUCGGUCGAUCCUCUUCACAGAAUCUUUCGUAGGCUGGGCUCUUAUGAACUGCCGGUUUCGCCGCCACCCUUGAGUCGUAAUCAACCAGUACUGGGUUGCGUGGCCAGAGAUAGUCUUUACAACUUCGAAGCUGUUAUUGAUUUAAUCAAACCGCAUCUCAAAGUCAUCCUCGAUUACGCACAGACCUACAACUUUAUGGUAUCCGAACACACCGCGGUAGAUUGCAGUUUUCUGGAAUUAGUCCCAACUCUCUACCGAGUCUACGAGAAUCAUGUGACCUUGCACGCUCUGUGCGAUCCUGCACCACCUGGUCAGCGACGCUCGCGAUCGGGCACACCUCCUACGGUGCACUGUGCGGGAGCGGCGGUUAUCAGGAUCAAAGUUGCAGAAGCACACGUUAGUGAAGGCGUGGAUCACAUGAUAACGCAGAACCGAGCUGAGUAUGAGAAUCUUUUAGUAAAAGCCAGUCAAGCACCUCCCAGUAAGGUUACGCUAGGCUGCGUUUUCACUGAUCAUGUAAUCGCUAUGUUGGAACAUGAGGUUACUGUCAGUCGCACCAACGAAAAUACCGCAGUACUACGCAAGGUGCAAGAGAGCGGAGUCAAAUUAUUUUAUCAUCUAGUAGAAUUCUAUACGGAGGAAGCAACGUUGUGUCCUCCCACAAAGCAGCUUUUUACCACCUGUUUGGAAAAGUUAGGCCAGUUGUUCAUCAGCGGCGAGGAAGCCCAAGGUCCUCAAUUAUUGACCACAAUUAUCCAAAGGCCUAAUCUCGGAGGUUUGUUAGGACCACAUUUCACGCCUGUCGCCGGAGGAGCUUCAACGUUUUUGCAGAUGUAUCAAACCAUCGUGGACUUGUCCACGGGAUCAAAUGUUGAUUUGUGCUUCGUGCUGCUCUCAAAAUUUGAUGUCGGUAGUUGGUUGAAUUAUCGUCGUCCGCGACUGAGCGAGAGAUCUACCUUCAUAGAUCUAGUUUCCAGAGCAUUAUGCAACAUAGGCUUGAAUCCCGAAGAAGAGAAGCUGAUGUUGCACGAACUUUUUCGAAAUCACCUACGACUCAUUCUUCUGCAUGAAUUUCCUGAACACUAUGGUGAAGUGUUAAGUGCCGUGCUGAAAGGAUCCGAAAGUCAGAAUCUAUCCUUGGACGUGUGGCGCGAUUUGUUAGGAGCUCUUAGCGGCAAGCCGAAGAGCAACGCACCCGUACAUCCUUCCAAAAUCAGAGAUGAGAUUAGACAUUAUGCUACAGAACAGAGACUGUUAUCUCGCCAAGAGAUGCACGACACUGCUGUGCUUCUCAGUCGACAUUUCAUGAAAGAGAGAUUGCAGUACGGUUUAUACGGACUUUAUCCAAAGUACAGAAUCUACAACGAACCAUUAACCAUAUUUCUAGGUAUGGUCGGCCACGCUCUGGUCGUAUUGACGCUUCAAGCUGACCGAGGAUCGCUUGCUGAUCAAUUAUGUGAAAAGAUCUGGCCGGUGUUAAGCGAGAUGUACGCUCCGUGGAUCACUCCGUAUUGGACGAGAAAUUUGCGAGAACCGACGGCCGCCUGGAUCCAACAACUCACGGACGACAGAUCGGUGCUGUUGCCGUGGAUCAUCACUGACGGUCCUUACGCGAAUCGAACGAUGUCGAUGUUUGCCGAAUGUAUUCGUUUCAUCGUUGACACUAUGCCAGCGUCCAGCAAAAUACUUAGCUUUGUAUGGCAGUUUUACGUGUCCAACUACGCUCACGCAUCUGUUAAGGACCAUGUGUUAAACGUGGUACAUGGUAAUUUUCUGUCUCUUCCCUGGGAACGCUUUAGUCCCACCAUCAACGACGUCGAGUUAAUGAUCAAGGUCGUCGAUCAGUAUUUGCCGGAUUGUCAUUUAUUCCUUGGAAGUAUCUUCACCUGGAUUAAUUGGUCCACUUGGAUCAAUGAGUUAAUGUCCACACAAGCGUUGUCAGUUGCCACCAGGAUUCAUGUUUGCUUGCUGAACUUGCUAGUGAAGCUGUCUAAUGAACCUAAUGUUCGGCAGAACGAGAAGGCAGUACAGUUGAUCACAGAAGCCGAGAGUUUUUCUUGGCAUUUAAUCGAUGCUGCGGCGUACGAUCUGGUAAUCAACUGGCAUGUGAUGAGUUGCGAUCCCCGAGUAAUUCUGUGUUUGGGCAAAGAUCAAGUUCAUCCUAUUGACAUUGCCGUUAACAACUUGUUGAAGAUAGCAGCAGCUUACGAUCCCACAGUGAAACACUUUCAUCCAACUACUUUAAAAAAGAGACAGAUGUACGUGCGUUCUUCAGUAAAGUUAUUGAUCAAUUGCACCACGAGACACAAAUAUCUUCUUUCUACAAACAGCAAAGCAUUCACCAGCACGUUGUCGCGAAUGCUCGACGAGAUGGAAACUGUCAUCACCAGCACUGUUUCCGAAUCGCAACAAAUUGCUGAAGCCGGAUUGUUGAUCACUGAAUUCUUACAUUCGAUUAAUCAGAGCGGGGCGUUAGUUGAUCACGUUCGAAGCAGUUGGACAGCAUGGCUUUUGGAACGAACAGCUAGUAGUCCGGUGCUAAUGGGUGUCUUGAGAGUAAUCGGAAUGGCAGUUGCUUCUUCAUCCACCUUAGGUCAUCUUAUGGAAGCUGCCUUGGAAGCUUAUUUCAAGUACAACGUAACGGAAGAAGUUCGGCCUACAUGGGCGGCAGUGUUGACAGUUUUGCAGCCCGUAGUACCUCGUCAGCCGCCGUUGGAAUCUGUACUGGUAUCGGAGGGUAGAUUGCUAGCCCUCUACUCUGUGCUGCUAAAGAGACUUCCAUCAUGCAGAGAUAUCCGCGAGGAAGGCAUGCUUCUGAUUAACUUGAUUGACUGGAUUAGUGCCAUUAAAACCACAGAUAUCGUGGAAGAAAAACUACCUCUGCUGUGGGCAAAAGCGUGUGAAUUGGCCUAUAGGCAGUGUCAAUACAGUGAGAACACGGUAAUUGCUGCCAGAGCCUUAAAGGGAUUGUCACGUGCGUUGCUAACAGUAGCGGACGAUGCGGGACAAGGAUGGGGUAUUCUGGGGGCUAUCGGAUUAAGAAAAGGCUCUCAGCUCACUAUACGGUGCAAAUUUUUGAGUCGUGCUUUGGCUGUUUACUGUUUGGCACAAUUGCCAGAAUCCAAAUCCGAUCAGCAGCUAGUGAGGUAUACUCCGCAUUCACCCGGCGUGGCGCCUUCAAGAUCGACCGAUCCGGAUACGAUGGAAAUCCGACCUAGCAUGGAGGCUGUGAAAACGAUGCAAAGUCUGGAAGGGCUUCUAGUGAAUAAGCAGUACGCGGAACUGCGGGGAGACGUGGAGAGAGCAAUCAGACUCGUCAGAGAUUCCGCCAACUCUCUUCACAACGCCGUCGAGGUUGUUGGCGCUCUCACCACGGAGCUCUACAAUCAAAGAUACCUGCACGUGUUAACAGAGUGAUACUAGUUUUAUUCAGAUCUAGUGAUGAGCUGACGAACACCACGAAUCGCUUUGAAACACUAAUUGUGUGUGACUCUAGAAUUAAAAAUUUUUUCGAAUUGUUCCAAAUUAGAUAUUUAAAUAUAUAUACAUAAAUAUAUAUAUUUUUGAACGCUCUAGGCUUCUCUUGCACUUGCUCUUAAUGUUUUCGAUCUUUUUAAGAAUUUCAGACUCGCAAGAUACGCGUUCGAAUGCCCAUCACGUGAAUCUUACCAAAUGUGGCGUUUAAAUUGAAUGGUCAAUGCCUGUAUCGGACUUGAGGAUCGAGAGCGCAUCUCGAUCUUGACUUUGUAUGUAAAUAUGGGUAAAAAAUGUGGGCUUAAAUUACUCGCAUAUAUCUAUCUUAUUGUUGACUUAAAUCUUAGAUCUGCAUCGAUCUAGUCAUGAAACUGUUCCUUUUAUUUUUUUAAUUCGAGACAUUGUUGAGAAUUUAAAGUUAUAUACAUUCAAUUUAAACGCAUAUAUGUAGACUGUAACGCGAUAAUGUAUAAUUAAUAUUUAAGAGAUAUAUAAUUGUUGUUUGUGUAAUAUAUGAAAUUUAUUGACGCACUCGAUUCACAUAGUAUGUAUGUUUUUGUUACUGGCGUAACGAGAAAAACUGAGAGUGAGAGAAUGAAUGAGAUUCUGAUGAAUAUGAGAGAACGAGAUUUUAUAUGUAACAUGUACUUUGUACACACGUAAUGUGUUGAGUCAAAUCAUUGCUUUGUACAAGAUGUUCGGUAAAUAACUAUCAUCUCUUGAGAAGAGAUGAUAGUUAUUUAGAGCCGAUUGCGCUGAACUCGAAGAACCCAUUUUGCGAGUUUUGCAAUAAUUAACGAGAUAUUAAUUUAUAAAAGAUCUGCGAAAAUGAGUGUGCGUGAAGAGAACAGCUUAGUGAUUAGACGCGCGACCUAACUCAUUGGGAGAAAUGCUUUAUAAGUAACAAUAGCUAAUGUUGGCUAAACGUAAGAGCGUUAACGAUAGCCUCCGCGUUUUUCUAAAUCUAAAUUAUUAUUUUUUAUUUAGAACCAAACUAUAAAAAAAUUUUAAAAAUAUUGAAUAAUUGAUUGUAAAUUUAUUUUAAUUAAAACUUCUCCGGCUUUUUGUAAAUAUUUCCACUGAUUAUUGCAAAACUUGCAAAAUAGUAAUUUUUCGAUUCGAUACAAUCCGUUCUACCCUCGAGAGAUGAUGUAGUUAUUACCGAACAUUAUGUAUAUUUACACACAUUUAAAAUCAAUUAAAAUUUUGACACAGUUACAAUUGCUUACGAGAACACAAUUUAAAAGUUUGCGGUAUAUUAAAAAAAAAUUACACAAAACAAUCAACUUUCGAAUUGUCAUAGAAAAACAAUAUUAAUCACGAAAU